AUGGAUGCCUUAAAUCGUGUCUCAGAAUAUCUCUUCGGCCCUGCGAUUCCUCAUCGAGAACCAUGUGGCCGAGCAGUACAGAUCAUGUCGGAUCUUCAUCUCGAGCUGAAUCGACAAUACGCAACGUUUGACUUUCCUGUCAAAGCACCUUUUCUCAUUCUUGGUGGUGAUAUAGGCCGUUUAGUCGACUACGACAUGUUUCUUCCUUUCCUCGCACGCCAAACAGAACGCUUCGAGAAGGUUUUCCUGGUUCUUGGCAACCAUGAGUUCUAUGAGAUGAGCUAUGAGGACGGUAUCGAAAAGGCGAGGCAGCUGGAGAAAGAAGUGUCUCUGAAGGGAAAACUUGUGAUCCUAGAUCGAAAUCGCUGGGAUGAUCCGGAUUCGAAACUCACAAUUAUCGGCGUAACAUUGUGGUCGAACAUCCAUUCUUCAGCAGCUGAGACCGUUGCCCUCCGAGUAUCAGACUACAAACUCAUCAAAGACUGGACUGUAGCCAAGCACAACGAGUGUCAUGCCCGGGAUCUCGCCUAUCUCACAGAGACGAUAUCCGAACUCAACAACCUUCCAGCAGAAUCUCAGAGAAAUGUCUUGGUAGUGACGCACCACGCACCCUGUGUGAAAGGGUCUUCGAGACCAGAACAUGCGAAUGCACCGUACAAGACGGCGUUUUCGACGGAUGUUAUCCAGGCGAGGGAGUUUAUGCGUGGAGUGCAGGUUUGGAUGUUUGGUCACACGCAUUAUACGACUGAGUUUAAGAAGGGUGGUGUGAAGGUUGUUGCGAAUCAGAGGGGGUAUGUUUUGGGUUACAAGGGGCCGACACUGGAGAAUACAAGGGGUUUUGACGACGAGAGAGUUGUAGAGUUGUGA